CAGCUCUGGGGACCGGUCCGAGCGCUGCUGCGCUGCAGGUGUCCCGCGCGCAGGCGCAGCACACUCUCUGUGAGGCUUGGCGCCUGCGGGCCCCCGUACGGCUGGGCGUCUCCAUGGCAACCGCGUGAGCCCGGCGGUCUCCAUUGUUGGUCUGUACCUCCUAGAGCUCGGGACCCUCGGGCAUGCUAGUGGACCGAACGCCGCAGGUGACUGCAGACCAAGGAGAAUGAGUGGUGGCCCCGGAGGCUUCCCUGGCUGACACAUGGAGGAAAAUGGCUCUGGGGCUGCCGAGCCCGAGCCCAAGACUGAGCCCAAGCCCGGUGCAGGUCAGGCUGGGAGCAUGCCCGCCUCCCUGGACGCUCACAGGAGUGUUGAGGGGCCGAGCUUUGCUUCCUCACUGAUUCUCGACUUGAGUCACAGUGGUCUUCACCAUUUAGGGGAGGUCUUGAAAAUCCCCACCCUUAAACAACUGCACCUUCAGAGAAACGCGCUCUGCUCGAUCCCUGACGAUUUCUUCCACUGGCUGCCAAACCUCACGUGGCUAGACCUCCGGCACAACAGGAUCAGAGCACUGCCUUCUGGGAUUGGCUGUCACAGGUAUUUGAAAACUUUGCUUUUAGAAAGAAAUCCUAUCAAAAUGUUACCUGUGGAGCUGGGUGGUUUGUUUUUUGCCCCGUUUCUAGUUUUCUACCGCAGAGCUGUGCUUCCUGGAGCUGCUCCGACAUCGCUGGAAGCAGAGCCCCUUCCUGUAGGGAACGUGACAACACUGACAGCGCUGAACCUGCGAUGCUGCCCCCUGGAAUUCCCGCCUCAGCUCAUCGUGCAGAAGGGACUGGCCACGAUCCGGGCCUUCCUGCAGGCCUGCGACGCCGAGCGUCCCUGUGCCCGAGACUUGGCUUCUCUAGCGAUUUCAUCCAUGAAAAAGAUGACCCUAACUCAGCGGCCACAUCCCCCAUUGGACUUACCUGAGGAACGUGUGCCUGACAGAGAAACCAUUAAUUCUCAGGAGUCAAAGGGGACCAGGUUAAAGAAAAAGGUGGACUCGUUCCCACCUGUUGAAAAACUAGACCUGAGUGAACUCAGAAGGUCCACUGGUCCCCCAGAAGACUGGCCUAGUGAGGAGGAGAUCAGGCGCUUCUGGAAGCUGAGGCAGGAGAUUGUCGAGAGGGAACAAGCGGAAACCCUUGCCCACCGGCUCCUGCCCGUGCUGUUACCGCCAAACCUCCAGGCGGUGCUGCGUGCCCAGCACAAGGAGCGCCCCAGCCACAGACACGUCCCCAGAACGACCCACAAGCCAAGAAGGAAACCCCCCUUCUUCAGGGGGGUCCUGCCUGGCCUGUCGUCAGUGCGCACAGUGCUGACAGGAGCGCCGAUGCUGGAUGACAGCCGGGCCUCAGGCCUCCGAGAGCUCAGGGAGGAGCAGGUGCUGGUGGAACAGAGGAGAGACAGGAGAGUGCUGCAGGAGUGGAGAGAGCGAGCCCAGACCAUGAGGAAGAGGACAGAGGAGCUCAGCCAAGUCCGGCCCCCACGGAGCACCCUGGUGGCAUCCAAGAUUCCCUUUGCCACAGAUCUGAUUGAUAAUGAGAAAAUACCAACGAACCCAUCUGGAAACCCGAGACAAAGCGAAGAGCAGUCACUGCAAGCAAGUAAAGAGCUGAGCACCGUCCAAGGGGCUUUAGAAAAAAGGCUGAAACAGCACAUACGGCAAAUGCACGAACGAAGAAAAAGAUUUCGAGGGAUGGCACCACUAGAAGAAAUAAGGAAAACUACACAGGAUCUGGAAAUUGAGACAGAAGCAGAGGGAAUAUUCUGUAACUCAUUCUAUGAGGCCAGCACGACCCCUAUACCAAAGCUAAAGACAUGAGAGGGAACGUGUGGACCACUGCCUCUCGUGAAAACGGAUGCACAAAUCCUCAACAAAAUGUUAGCAAGUUGAAGCCAACAGUGUAUAAAAAUAAUUACACACCACAACCAAGUGGGAUUUAUUCCAGAUACACAACAUUUGAAAAUAAAUCAAACAUUGAAAAUAAAUCAGUGCAGUCCGUCACGUGCACAGGCUAAAGGAGAGCCACACAAUCAUGUCCAUAGGUGCAGAAAAAGCACCUGACAGAAUCUAUCACCCACUCGUGAUCAAAGCUCUCAGCAAACAAGUAGCACGGGAACUUCCUCAACGUGAUAAAGAACAUCUACAGAGACUCCAGCUGACAUCACACUUCACAGUAUGAAGCUAGAAGCUUUCCGUACGGUCAGGAACAGGCAGGCUGUCACCUCUCACCAUUUCUCUUCAACAUUGUACUGGACGUCCCAGCUCACGCAAUAACACAAGAAAGGAAAAGGGAAUUCAGGUUAAGAAGGAAGAGAUAAACCUGUUUUUGUUCUCAGAUGAUGUGAUUGUCCAUGUAAAAAAUCCCAAAGAAUUGACCAAAAAAAAAUUCGUGGAACUCAUAAGUGAUUAUAGCAAGAUGGCAGGAUACAAAGUUAAUACACAAAAGUCAAUUGCCUAUAUACAUCAGCAAUGAACAAGUGGGAUUUGAAAUUAAAAACACAAUACCAUUUACAUUAGCACCGAAAAAUGGUAUAAAUAUAACAAACUGUGUACAAAAUCUAUGUGAGGAAUACUACAAAACUGAAGAAAGAAACCAAAAAAGAUGUAAAUGAAUGCAGAGCUAUUCCAUGUUCAUGGAUAGGAAGACUCAAUAUUGUCCCCAUGUCAGUUUUUCCCAAAUUGAUCUCCAGAUUCAAGGCAACUCCAAUCAAAAUUCCAGCAAGUUAUUCUGUGGAUAUUGACAAUUUGAGUCUAAAGUUUAUACGGAGGCAAAAGACCCAGAGUAGCCAACACAAGACUGACUGAGAACAAAGUGGGAGGGCUGAUACACCCACUUCCAGACUUCCUAUACAGCUACAGUAAUCAAGAGAGGGUGGAGUUGCCGAAAGAAUAGCCAAAUAGGUCUACGGAACAGAACAGAGAGCCCACAAAUGGACCCUCGUGAACGGAGCUGGCUGCCCUUUGACACAGGAGCAAAGGCAGCUCAACGGGGAAAGGACAGUCUCUUCCCCAAAUGCUACCAGAACAAGUGGACAUCCCCACGCAGAAAAGUGCGUCUAGACAGAUCUCACAGCCUUCACAAAAAUUAAAACUAAGUGGAUCACCCUUAUCAAACUAUAUACAUUAAAUACAUACAGUUUUUAUAUAUUAAUUACACCUCGAUAAAGCUGUAACAAAUGGACCACAGACCUAAAUAUAAAAUGCAAAACUAUAAAACACCCAGAAGACGACAUAGGAGAAAACCCAGAUGGCCUCGGGUUGGUGGUGACUUUACAUAGAAUGUCAAAGGCAUGAAAGGAAAAACUUGUAAGUUGGACUUCGUUAAAAUUCAAAAAUUCUCUGUGUAGUGCACUGUCAAAAGAAUAAAACAAGCCACAGACUGGAAGAAAAUAUUUGCAUGAAAAAACAUGAUAAAGGACUAUUAACCAAAAUAUACGAAGAACUCUUAAAAACUCAACAAGAAGAAAACAACCCAAUUAAAAAAUGGGUCACAGAUCUGAACAGACACCUCCAUGUUAAAUAAGCCCAUGAAAAGGUGUUCCACCUCGUACCUCAUUGGGAGACGCAAACUAAAACAGGGACGUGCCUCUGCCCCCUACGACACUGACGCCUCAGACGCUGAGGACAAGGACGUGGGGCCACAGGAGCUGGUCACUGCCCUGCGCACUGACCCCCCCCACACCCAGCAGUAGACUUGGGGUGUGGUCUCUGGAGGGGUUCACACUCCCAUGUGAGGCCACGCGACAUCCAUCCCCCCAGCCCCAGGGUGGGGAGCAUCAGGCUGCUGUCCAGGUGGGGGGCCAGGCAGUCGAGAGCUAGGAGGGACGAGAGCUAGGAGGGACCUCUUUGAGGAACCUGACCAAGACAAGUGACCUAAGAAUCCUGACACUUGGGCGUCCCCCAGUCCUGACCUGACCAACAGGGACACCUCCCAGCUGAAAGCACCCCUCCACCCCCCAGUCCACAGUAUUUAAUGAUGUUUUUAGCACCUCAUUCUUGAGUGUGAGUGAGAGCCAAAGGUCAGCGGUCUGGAGGGGAGCCCCAGUGUGAGGCACAAGCCAGACAGGCCAGCUGGAAAUGCAGACACUCUGGGAAACAAAGUUAAAGCUAGAAUUAAAAUCCUUGGGGUAACAAUAGAAAACAUAGCCAUCACGAAACAAGUUAUUAGAAUGGAACACUUAGAUAACCAAGAAGCCUUGGAAUUAAGCUAAAAAUAUGGCAAAACCUUUAAAAAUGAAAGAAUUAAAUCCGUAGAUGAAUUUGAUCCCCCGUGAAGCAGGACAGAAAGGAAAGGAGAGAUGGGUAGACUAGAGCCUGGCGUCACCUCUGACCCACACGCGCUCCAGAAAGACACGAGAGCAAAUGGAGGGGAGAAGCUAAUAAAAAUACGAGGUUCCCACAAAGGUGCGUGUCCAGACUGCCGCCCGCUGUGCCCAGCACAAGGAGCCAGACAUUGUCUGGGGCUAAAGGGAGGAUGGCCGGGCGCAGUGACACCCGCCAGCAGUCUGAUGGAGCUCGUGCUCACAUUGCCAGCCAGGGUCCAUCCAGCACAGAAGGGACUCGAAACAUCACUUCCUGUGCAGCCCGUUACUGGAAGCUUCUACAGCAUGUGGUCUCCCCACACAGUGGAGGGGACAGACAGGAAGUGAGUGUCCCAGGGCAGGCUGUGCUCUGUGCAGGAGCCAGUGGAGCCCAUGGCGUCCUGAGAGUCGCUCCAGAACACAUAGGCCAGUCUGAGCACUUGCCCAGGGCACUGAGAGGGUUUACAGUCUGGAGGGACUCACCAGCACAAAGGUGCAAAGCAUCUGUUUUUAAUUCCACAAAGAAUGCGUGUUUUUUAUAACAGAAAAUGUAACCAGUGGAUCAGCAGCCACUUAAACCCCGAAUGGUAACUGACCCCACAGUUGUAAAGGGUCUGUACUGGAGGGUGCUUGGGCUGGGGUUCCAG